UAACAACCGAGCGCGUCCCCGCGUCCCAGACCUGCGACCGAUCCCGUCUCCCGUGGUGCCCCCUCCUCCUCCUCCUCUUCAUCGCACUCCCCCGACUGCUCCUCCUCCUCCUUCUCUUGCCCUCUUCCCCAGAUUUGGGAGCUCUCCUUUAUUUUGAGUUUCCACCACGGCUCUGAUCAUGAGGAGCCACGGUGCCCUCCACGCUUCCUCCCGGCUGUGAACCGGUCUCCGCAUCCAUCGCGAUCCCGUGCGUAAAAGCGAAGCGAGCGGCGACGCAGAGAGGGAUCAGUGCCCCCCCACCCCCCGGUCCCCGAUUCCAUCGAGCAGCAGCGGCACAUUUCUUUUUGUCUGUGCUGGACUCGCAGCGGCUUCGCAUCCUCUCCGGGCUCCGCUGUUGCAGGAGCGAAACCGAACGCAGAUCUCCAUGUCGCGUGUUCUCCAGCAGCCGGAUAUUUAACCUGUUUUUUGUUUUUGCUCUUUUCUCUCCACGAGCUUUAUUUUUGGGGGGUGGGUGGGUUUGUUUUUGGCACCAUGGAGUCGGUGGAGAAGGAGUGUGGAGCGCUGGGUGGAUUAUUCCAGGCCAUCGUGAACGACAUGAAGAGCUCGUACCCUGUUUGGGAAGACUUCAGUGCCAAGGCCACAAAGCUGCACUCUCAACUCAGGACCACAAUUCUGGCAGCAGUGGCCUUUUUAGACGCCUUUCAGAAGGUGGCGGACAUGGCCACCAACUCCAGAGGUGCCACCAGGGACAUUGGCUCCGCUCUGACGAGGAUGUGUAUGCGACACCGCAGCAUCGAGGGAAAAUUGCGCCAUUUCACCAAUGCUCUUAUGGAAGGUCUGGUUACACCGCUUCAGGACAGAUUAGAGGAAUGGAAGAAGACGGCAAAUCUGCUGGACAAAGACCACGCCAAAGAAUACAAGCGCUCUCGUCAGGAGAUUAAAAGGAAGUCGCUGGACACCAUCAAGCUCCAGAAAAAAGCAAGAAAAGGCCGGGGCAACCUGCGCCCCCAGCUGGACAGUGCCAUGCAGGACGUGAGUGACCUGUACCUGCUGAUGGAGGAGACGGAGAAGCAGGCGGUGCGCAGAGCCCUGCUGGAGGAGAGAAGCCGUUACUGUUCAUUCAUCACCCUGCUGCAGUCUGUGGUGACUGUAGAGAUUGCCAUGCUGGGAGAGAUCACUCACCUACAGCCUAUAGUGGACGAUCUCACUGGUUUGACUGAAGACCCACACAAGCUGCCGCCGGCCAGUGAGCAGGUGAUCCGGGACCUGAAAGGCUCAGACUACAGCUGGUCGUACCAGACCCCCCCCUCCUCCCCCAGCAGCGCUAACUCCAGGAAGAGCAGCAUGUGCAGCCUCCUCCAGAUGCCCUCUGCAGGAGCCCAUCGGCUCAGCAGUGUGUCCUCCCACGACUCUGGCUUUGUCUCCCAGGAUGCCAACACCCACUCCAAGCCUCCAUCGCCCAUGCCGUCUGAUAUCACCAGCCAGAAAUCAACCAGCUCAGCCUCCUCUGAGGCUUCAGAAACCUGCCAGUCUGUCAGCGAGUGCAACUCUCCUACGGCGUUUGGCUCAUGCUCAUCCUUCGGUACCUUCCGCCCUGCUUUCUCUCACACUGGCACCAUCAGGCCUCUCUCUGUCAUACUUCCUGCGUCCCCCACAUUUAAUCACUCCCCUGGAUCCAACACCCCCUCUCCCACAUCCAAGGUUCCUAGCUGGAAGGACUGGGCCAAAUUGAGUUCCUGCGAGCCGUCGCUGGCCAGCACUCUGCAGCGUAGGAGGGAGUCUGUGGAGAAGAUGAGAGACCUGGAGGCGCCGCCCAGUCCACAUGGGUAUUCUGGGAUGCAACCAGAUGAUUCACACCGAGGUCGACUUGGCCCAGCGAGCAAGCAUGGCGAGCCCCUCUCUCCAGCAGCCAGCACUCUAGCGAUGGUCCUGACCAGAGGCCUGAGUAUGGAGCAGCAGCAGAAGAGCAGCAGGGACUCUCUGCAGUACUCGAGCGGCUACAGCACUCAGACCAACACCCCGUCCUGCUCCGAGGACACCAUCCCCUCACAAGGUUCGGAUUAUGAGUGCUACUCACUCAAUGGGGAUGCUGACAGCGAAGGGCAGGCAGACUUUGACAAGUCCUCCACCAUCCCACGCCACAGUAACAUUGCUCAGAGCUACCGCCGCAUGAUCCAGACCAAGAGACCUGCCAGCACAGCCGGUCUGCCUGCAGGUAAGACCCUGCAGGGGACCCCCAACGGUGCGGGGGGGAGCAGCUCAGGAGCCAUCACCUCGGGGACAGCCACGAUUCGCCGGACUCCAUCCUCCAAAACCGGCGUGAGACGCACGCCAUCCACAUCUGGCCCCAUUCCCAUUCGGCCCCCCAUCGUGCCGGUUAAAACCCCCACAGUACCAGACUCUCCGGGGUAUGGAAGCCCGUCACUGCAUGGUACGGGCAGCGAGGAGUUUCUGUACGGGGAUGACCUAUCUGCUAACGACUACAUGAGGGCUUCUCCAAAGCGGAUGAGCCUCCCUGACACAACUUGGGGCUUGGGAGGAGGAGGAGGAGGAGGAGGAGGAGGGGGAGGGGGGGACAGGACUUUUUAUGCCCAGCAGGCUGCUGGCAUGGCCGCCCACAGUGCUGAGGAGGACCCUCAGCUCGCGGCCAACCGCCACAGCCUGGUGGAGAAGAUUGGGGAGCUGGCAGCGAGUGCCCACGCCCUCGGGGAGGGUCAGUUCCCUUUCCCCAGCUUGCUGCUGGGGGAGGCGGCUCAGCCUGCACCCCAGGAUCUGUCCUCCGUGACCCAGGAGGACUUGGACGUGCUGGUGUCAAUACGCCGGGGAGUGAGGCUCCGCAAGACGGUGACUGACGACAGGUCGGGACCCAGGAUCCUGCGGUAGCUGGAGGAGAGGAAGGCUGUGAAGCAGCUGUGUCCUUAUUGACAAACUGAAGCUUUGUAGUAAAAUGCAACAGCGCUCAUGUAAUACAUGAACUGAGGCACAAGGAGGAUGUAACAUGUGGUGAAUGAAGGCCAGUCGACUGACGUGAUGAGUGACCACGAACUAUGUCAAGUCAUUUCAUUUUAUGUCAUGUAUGUAUCGUGUACGUACAAAGUAAUCCAUAUUUUUUGGUUUUUAUUCUUCUGUUGUUUUUUUGUGUGGCUGUGCGUCUCUGCUCCCUGUGUGACCGGUAGUUUGAUCCCCGUCAGUCCCUGUAGACCCAGUGGCCGAGACGUCACAGGUCUGAACGCUGUGUGUCCUUGUUCUUGCUCUUAUGAUUAUUAUAAUAUUGUGCGUUUCUCUGAACAUGGCGACCUGUCUGUGUGAGGCCGUCUGUGUGUGUUGUGUUUCUCAUCAUUACUGUACAAGUACCGUAUUACUGUUUUGUUUCAUAAGCUGAACAGCAGCUGUGUAAGUCAUGUAAAAUGGAGCAAUAUGGCAGUGUUUUUAUUGCUGUACUGUACUGUCAAUAUAUUCUGCAAUUAAACAGGCUUUUUAUUGUUAA